CACAUUUAAAUAUAUAUAAUUAUUGUGUUAUAGCGUUAAAAGUAUAUUUACUCGACGCUUGAUAGAUAGUACUUUCAUACAAAUCUUUGUACCGCAAGAAAACCUCACCUGAGUAUACUAAAAUAAACAUAGUACACGGGGAAGAAUCAAAUAAAAAUAAAGUAUAAGUGUAAGAUAAUAGUUAAUACCCUGUAGCUACGUUUGGCAGUGAUUUGUUUGGGGUAAUGGUUUUUAUUAUGAGUUGAAUAUGAAAUACUACUACUUAGCUCAACAUUUAACAGAAAUCUGGUACAACGUCAUCUAUUGAGUGUUAUUGUAAACUUUCUUUGCCUAUUUCAAUGCCCCGCCCGUUGGACCCUUAAAGAGGGAGAAGCUGGAAUUCUGCAAAACAGAAAAAAAUCAUCAAUAUGUUGGAUAUAAUCGGAACCAAUUUGCCAGAACGUCAACGAGAAUUGAAUAAACAUGUUAAUGAAGCAAUAUCCAAAGAAGUUGAUUUUGAAAUAAUUCGAUCCACCGAAGAAAAAUCUGAUGUUGAUAGAUUGUUUAAAAUUGAUGUUGCUUCGAAAUACAAAAAUAUUGAUUACAUUAUAGAAACGAUUAAAUGUGGAGACUCAUUAUACAUUUCAAGAGCAUUGAAGUGCGAAUGGCUGUAUGGAGAUAAUUACUCUGAGAUAAUUAAUCCAGAUUAUUUGCAUCAUAAUGUAUUUCCAUCAAUGUCAUUUAAGAUGAAAAAGAAAAUGCUAUCUGCUAUAUCAUCUCAUGUCAGGAAUGAAGAAAGAAUGCUUGAUUUCUACAAAUAUUGUGUGAGUGUUAAACUAGAAGAUUAUGCAUUAAAAUUCCUUAUUUUUACAUCUGAAACACACAAAUAUGACUACAUAGAGAACAAAAUUAAAAUUGACUCAAAGUUGGACAUGCAAGUAUUUUUUGGUAAUUCGUUUAAUCUCAUUGAAAAAUAUUUAAAACAAUUAAGAAGUCAGCAAAUGUUCACAAAAGAUGAAAUUAUUUAUUUUCGUUACUUGUAUUCUGUUUCGAAUGAAAAAUAUUUAAAUUUAUUCGAAGAGUACGGUCACCAAGACCGUUACAAUGAACCCAAGUUAGGACAGCGCCUUUCUAAGCAAAUAAUGACAAAGCAUAAAGAAAGAGUUCUGAGAAAUCCAUCUCUAUAUGUAAAAAACCUACACAUGAAAACUAUAGUGAAAUAUAGUUCUGUUGAAGAUGCAAAACUGUAUGCCGUUGCUUUGUUACCAGAUGAUGUGAAAUAUUUCUGGUAUAUGGAUUAUUAUGAAACAUAUAAAAGCAUACUGAACUUAUUACCGUUCAAUGAAAUUUACAGUUUCUUAAGACAAAUUUUCAUGGAAAAAUAUCCUGAUAAAGAUUUUGAAAUGAGUAAAAACUUCUAUGAAAAAAAGUAUUAUAAGUUGUUAACAAUUGAUGAAAGGGAAUUAUGGGCAUUAAAACAUUUAGAAGAAGAGAAGGAACUGUUUGGUUCUGGUGAAGAUUACCUUUGGUAUCAGUUUAUCAGUUAUGAUCUGGCAUACAAUGGUAUAAAAAAAUAUGUAAACAAAACUGUUGAUAGAACAAAAAGAGCUGAAAUUGUCAAAGUAUUAGUUUCUUCAGUUAGGAAUCAGCGCGACUUGAAGAAACUGACUCAAUAUUACUAUGAAAGACAUGUAAAUGAGAUAGAUUUCAAUAAACAAGAUUUCUUGAAUAAAAUCAUUGAUUUGCACAAUAUAUUUAAUGUCAAUGAGGCAUGUUGGAAUUAUAUUAAUAAAAUUCUCAGCAGUAUGAACAAUUUCACAGGAGAUUAUAUGAGUUCUAACAAAGCACUUGCUAUAAUUUAUUAUGUAAUACAUAACAAAGAAAUACCUUCAAACUUUCAUAUUGAUGGCAUUCAUUUAUAUGAAAUAGAACAAUAUUUCAAACCACACUUCAGGUUUUUAAACGAGGAACAAUCCAAACUUGUUAUUGACUUUUUCAAAGAAUUGUUUUGUGAGAAAAUUAGAAGAUUGGAGGGGAGAGAAUAUAAGAAUGAGACUAGAGAUCAGAUAAAUAACAUUGUCGGUUCCUUUUUAGAUCUUUUGUCAUUUUUUAAUUUGACAAAGGAUGAUUGUCCUGAUGCAAUUUUUAAAUAUGUACAACUUGAAUGGGAUAAUUACAAGGAUAGAGAUUUGUUUAAGGAACCCUCUGAGGACACACCUUGCAUAACACCUGUAUCAUUAAUUCGCUUAUUAAAACAAGAUACUACAGAGUUUCUAAAUACUCUACCAGGAGCAAUAGAAAAACUUUCUACUAGCUGGAUCUGCAGUAAUUUGAACCAAUUGAUGAAAAAACUGCGAAUAUAUUUUUCAAAUGAUCUCGCAAAAAACUGUAUAAGUAUCUUUGAAGCAUAUUUGUCACGGAAAGAUAUAUCAAACAAUCGUAACCUUACUUUUACUCUUAUUAAUGGUAUAUUUCAUAUUGCGGACAAUGAUUACAAAAUCAAGUUUAUGACUAAAUAUAAACCAAUCGAUUCGAAAGUAGCGCACGACACGAUUAACCGAAAAGUUUUGUUGAUUCAAGAAGGUAUUUGUCGCUUUGCGUAUUACUCGAGGCCACCGGUACCUUUACCAGUUAUAUUGCAAUUCAUAAAGGGAGAUUACUUGAGCUUCUGCUUGCCGAUGUUGAACUCUUAUGUAGCACAUCUACCGAAACAGUGCUGUAUAGAAUUUAUUUCUGCCAUUCUUGAUGCACCAGUGUCGGUACAAAAGCAUGGCUUAAGACUCGCCUUCCGAUGCUUCACUUCUGAAGAUUUGAAGAACUUGAUUAUGGAUGUAUGGAAGAAGACAAAAAAUGUGUCUUUGCGAAAAAUCCUUUACAAAUCUCUAUUCGACUAUAUAAAUACAAUGGAUGAAGAUUUGCAACUCAAUCUCUAUGAAGUAUUCAAAUCCUGUACUAUAGAUUUAAACGAAGAUGAUGACGACGACGUAUUUAGCCUUGUGAGUUGUUAUUUGCCGGAGUCUUUGAAAGGUGAUUAUCUAGAAACGGCUUGGACGGCGAUUGAAAAAUUUUCAGAACAAAAAUCGAAGAACAUCGAUAGAAAAAUUAUGGUCGUAAGAGAAAUAGGGGAGCAUAUCCAUUGCGUAAACAAGGAGUUCUGUCGCAUUAACAUAUUAGAUAAGAUUGUUGAGCCUACUACAUUUAAACAAAAUGUAGAAAUGUAUGACAACACAUGGGGACGCAAUACACUUAUUUACGAGAAAUGGAUCCUUGCCGUUAAAUAUAUUGUCAAUUUUAAUGAUGAAAAAGAAAUGGAUAGAAGCUGGGACCUGGCAUCAAUUAUUAUAAAGAAAUGCAUUGAACUGAAGGGGAACUACGAUAUUAAAUUCACAACGAAUCGAUUUUUAAUGGAGAUUUUGCAAAAAAUAUUAAAAUAUUCAUGUAAUAUCACAAAUAAAACACAGACGGUCCCCAUUUUGGAGAACAUUAUGAAUCUUAUUCUAAAAUCGAUGCCAAUGAAUGAAAUAUAUUUGCUAUAUUGGCACUACAACGUAACGAUAAUUUCUAAGAAAGUUGUUGGUCCUAUGAAGAUCGACGCAAAUGGCGAACAAACCUAUGAACACUUAAACACAAAUGAAAUAGCUGCUGGUUUUAGUGAUGCGCUCAUCUCAUUCAUAAAUUGUCUUAAGGAGAAAAAUAUUUAUUAUUCUAGCUUGAAUGCUAAAAUUUCUGAUGUUAUUUCAAAUGUAAUUGAUACGAUCACAUAUAACACAGAUUUAACUAGAGAUGUUUUAGUAAUGUGUAUAUGCGAUCUGUUAAGUAAUAAUCAAGCACCGGUGACGUUUUUACUGUCAUUGACUCUUCUAGGGUCACGGUAUUCCAGGUACUGCGAGCUGGGCAACGUCUCUGAUAAAGUCAUCAAGUUCGGCAAUGAAGAGAUCAUAACUUAUAUGAAUCAGAACUUUUAUUGAAUAUAAUAAUCCAUUCUAGUCAUUCACUGUGUAAUCGAUGUCUUAAAAUAAAAAUGUUACAAAACGAA